AUGUUCAUGGCAUGCUUAAACAUGUUCAACAAUGAUCAACCAUACCUCUAUACCUCUCCUCUGGGCCCUAGAAUCUCCUUUUCCAAUGAUUUCGCAGACACCCAACAUCCCAUCAAGAAGCAUGAAACCAACUACAGAGAAGCACCUGUGUCUUCGGACUUUGAAUUCUCAGUGAAAAACAACAAUAUGACUUCUGCAGAUGAGAUCUUCUUCAAGGGGAUGCUGUUGCCCACCAAGCCUAAGAUGACCCUGCGAGAUGAGCUCCUUGUGGAUGAUGAUGAUGAUGAUGGGUUCAAGGAUGUGUUGCCAAGGCUGCAGAAGAGUUCAGGCAGGUGGAAACAGAGGUUUGGUCUGAAAAGAGGUGAUAAAAGUGAUGGGACUUUGGAAAGAGUUGUUGAGGAGAAGCCCGAGACUCAGCUGGAAGGGGCCAGACUUCAAAAUUAAGAUCAGGAAAAGGGUAAGUUUUUGGAAAAUCUUAGAUCUAAUGGCUUGUUAAUUGUUAUAUAAUUUCUUUUUGGGUAAACUAAAUGAGAAAAAUAUUCUGAGAUUAAUAGUU